GCCGCGGGUUCUGCCUGGGAGUCAAGGCCGUGUAGCUUUUUGAACCUGAAGUAAUGGAGACGCUUGUCUUUCUGUUUUCCUUUUCCGCCCUGGGCAUUCUGUACUGCAUGAACGCCGUUCCUGCGCUCCAAGAGCCAUACGUGAUUCUGGUGAUCGGCAUUGCCGUGUUGGUUUUGGUCUUCAUCUUUUACCUUCUCAUCACUCGUGGGAAUCCGCCCAAAGAUGUUCUGUUCUUUGUUUUUGCUGAGUUCUCCUUCACGUGCAUUAUUGACUUGACCAGUGCCUUGGAGUACGGUGGUGUCAUCUCCGGCUUUAUGGAAUUCUAUCGUAAGACCGGGGAGCCUUACCUGGGUACGGCUUACGCCAUCGUGAUGUGUUACUGGGACGGAAUCGCUCAUUUUAUCAUGUACCUCGUCAUGAUUGGGAGAAUCGUGGACAGAAAAGGCUACCGCACACUGGGCCUGUUCUGGGCCGGCUCCCUAUGCGCCAACAUGAGCGUGUUCAUCACCGGCAUUGUGGCAGGGAAAUACGGCGCCGAGAUUCGUCCGGCCUUCUGGCUCAACUUCCUAUUCCUGGCGAUGCCUGCGUGGGGGGCGGUCACACUCUUUGCUCGGCCCAAGGACAGGCCGUUGAUUGGUGGAUAUAACGCUCAGCAGGCUCAGAGCAUGAAGCUCAUCUGGCGCCCGCUGGAUAUGAUGCUUGUGCUUCUCCUGCUGGCCGCCAUGGCCUUCACGGUGCUCCGAGGGCUGGUGGCGCUGGACUCCCCUCUAGGAGUAUGUUCCCUCUACGUGAAGCACUACGAGCCCUACUUGCGUGAUCCGGCGGGCUACCCGAGAGUGAUGAUGCUGCACCUGUUCUUCUACGGACUACCACUGCUGGCAGCGUUUGUUUACGGUCUCCUCAAGCCAGGCUGCACAUGGAUGCCUGACUGGACUGUGUACUUUUCAGGAGCAAUGAUCCAGUGCCAGUGGGCUCACAUCGGGGGGUCACUCCACAAUCACACAAAAACCCCGUUUCGCAUACAGAAUGAUGUAUUCUGGCCCGUGCUGGCGGCCAAUUUGCUCUACGCCAUCACUCCCCUCCUGGUGGCUUUGCGUGUGCGCAGUAACCCUUAUUUCUUUCUGAGGGUCGCUCCCUUCCCUGGGCAAACAGGUCUGCCAAAUAGUGAGGAGAAAGAUACCAAGUACAAAAAGAAAUAGUGGGAUGACUUGAAUGCCAAA